AUGGACCAGGAAAUAUGUGGGGAUAAGGCCGCUGCGACGGUGGUUGGGCGAUUUCUGACGGACGAACAGAUCCAGGAAUUCGUACAGCAAGGCGUGCUCGUGGUGCCUAAUGUCCUCACGCCCGGGGAAGUCACAGAAGCGCGUCAAGGACUACACAGUGAGUUGGCCAAGUACGGUGUGGACCACGAGAAUUUACCGGAGACCGGCGACAAUCUGAAAAAGCUGUCAAGUACAGGUGGUGCCGGCGGUAUCCUCGACCUUUUCUAUCCGUCGUGGAGACUUAAGGUCGCUGAGCACGAAAAAACCUUUGCAGCCAUGACGGAUUUGUGGCAAGCGACGUACGCACAAAAUCAUCCGGACUUCCAGCAUCCAUUCGGAGCUUUUAACAGCAAACAGGGAUACAUGUACAUUAACCGAGUGUGCUACCGCGUGCCAGAUGCGCUUUCUACGAAGUUUGCAGCUACGAAAAAGUCGCGGCCAAUGCAGCGGUCCCUGACGCCGCACUGGGAUUGCUGUCCGUCCAAGAUGUACGAGUCAGGCAAGAGCAUACCUCGCUGGCGACCUAUUCAGUGCAUUACGGUGCUCACCAAUAACACGGAGCCUAGCACGGGUGGAUUCGAAGCUGUACCUGGUUUUCACAAGGAAUUCGCUGCGUACGCAGCCACCCGACAAGAGCUAGAUACUGUGGAAAACAAGACCUUGUCACCCACCUCUUCAUGUCGUCCGCAGGUCUGUCUUGGUGAUUUUUCUCCGCUGCGAAUGCAAGAAGACCGUGCUGUGAUUGACCGCUACCGGCACAUUGGCUGUGAAGCUGGUAGUGUGAUCUUCUUCGACUGGCGCAUUCCACACGCAAACAGCUACAAGCACAUCGGGACGAUCCCGCGCGAGGUCAUCUACACUGGAUUUCUUCCAGACACAGCCAUGAAUCGCACAUACGCGCAAGAACAGCUACGUCGGUACAAGGCACGCUUCCUUCCUUCUGACCAUUGGCAAAAAGACGAUCUCGAUGCUUGUGUCACUGAAGACUAUUCCGUGCACCCAUUCUCGGCUCUGGGGUCUCGUCUCAUUGGACUGUACCCGUGGUAA